GUAUUCAAAUUUCAAAUGUUCAAAAUAAGUGCAAAAUUACAAACACGAUUGUGUACAAUUUAUGAGAUAUUUUAUUGUUGUUUGUUAAUAUUUUUCGUACUAUUAAAAAUGCCUUUAAUAUUGAUGGUUGGUUUUCCGAGUAGUGGUAAAACGACGAGAGCUCGUGAAAUUCAAAAAUUCUUUACGGAGCAACAGCACAAAGAAGUUAUCUUAAUAUCGGAUAAUGAAAUUAUGUCAAAUAUGAAUAUAGACAAGAAUGUUUUGUAUUUAGAAAUGAAGAAAGAAAAAGAUCUCAGGUCAAAAUUGCAUUCUGAUGCCUUAAAGAGUUUAACAAAAGACAAUGUUGUAAUAUUGGAUUCUGGAAAUUUUAUUAAAGGAUUUAGAUAUGAAUUGUAUUGUUCUUCUAAAAGUUUGAGUACACCAAAGUGCUUAGUUGUGUGUGAUAUUUCAUCUGAAAAAGCUUGGGAGCUAAAUGAAAACAGAACUGAACAAGAAAAAUAUACAAGGAAAACAUUUAAUGAUCUUGUUAUGAGAUAUGAAGAACCAAAUCAUUCAAAUAGAUGGGAUUCCCCAUUAAUAAAUUUACAAUUGGAUGACACUUUGCCCGCCGAAGAAAUCCGAAAAGCAAUUUUUGAAGUCGCUGCUCCUGUACCAAAUCAAUCAACAAUAAAUGCUCCAUUAAAUUCAAGUUCAUAUUUGUAUGAUUUAGAUCAAAAAACACAAGAAGUAAUUAACUCGAUUAUACAGUUGAAGAAACAAGGCGUGGAAGGAGAGAAUAUUGAAUUAGUCGAUUAUGAAGGGAAAUAUCUGAACAAAUUGGAUAAGAGUAUCUCAUUAGUGCAGCUUGCAAAGUCUAGGAAACAGUUUCUAUCGUAUGCCAAAAGCCACGUUUCAAUUACAAAUGACCAAACAAAUAUUGUUAAUAUGUUUAUACAGUUCCUGAAUAAGUCUGUUACUUGUUGAAAAACAUUAUUAUUAUUUAUUUAUUCAUUGGAGUAGGUAAGACCAUAGGAUUUUCCUCUAUAUUAAUAUUAUGAUGACAUAUUAGCAUUUUGUUUUAUAUUUGCCUCCUCACUGUGAGGAGCAUGGCAUGCUCAAAAUGUACUUUAAUAGAAUGAAUGGAUCUUUGUGAUGAUGAUUUGGGACCAAGUAAUGUAGUUUGAGAUUGAUCACUUAACGUUUUAUUGUGGUGUUUCACCCAGAAUUUUAAAUAUUGAAUUGACAACUGCAUUAAAUAAUUUGUUUCACUUCUCUGACCUUAUAGUACAUAACCUAACAUAACUUCUUUGCGAUUUAUUUAAAAUUGAAUAAUAUGUUCAUCCUAACACCUAUUUUACAUUACAUAAUGUCAUUGACUUUAAUUAGUGUUCAGUAUUUCAGUACUAUGUAAACUAUUUAUUUUCAAUGGUUAUGUUUGAUUGUUUGUAUUGUUAAUAAAUAAUAAUUCUAUAAAC